AAAGGCUGCAUCAAGCACAGGACACAGUCUGGUGGAGAACCACAUACAGUACUACACUCUGAUUCACUGUCACUUCUUUGAUCCAAAACAGUACAGAAUGGGAUCCUCUAAGCUGGCCCUGCUGCUGGUCUUGCUGUCCUGCGUAGAGCGCUGUCUGUCUGCCUCCUGUGUCGUCGACAGCUUCACAGUCAAAGAGGACUUUGACCCCAAGAGGUAUGCAGGGAAGUGGUACGCACUGCAGAAGAAAGAUCCAGAGGGCCUGUUCCUGCAGGACAACAUCUCAGCUGAGUACACCAUUGAUGAUGACGGGUCCAUGACCGCCUCCUCCAAGGGACGCGUCACUCUAUUCGGCUUCUGGGUUGUGUGUGCUGACAUGGCUGCCCAGUACUCCGUCCCCGACCCCAACACCCCCGGCAAGAUGUUUAUGAACUACCAGGGACUGGCCAGCUACCUGUCUAGUGGAGGUGACAACUACUGGGUGAUCGACACCGACUACGACAACUACGCCAUCACCUACGCCUGCCGCACCCUGAAGGAAGACGGCAGCUGCGAGGACGGCUACGCCCUCGUUUUCUCCAGAAACCCCCGCGGCCUGCCUCCCGCCAUCCAGCGCACCGUCCGCCAGAAGCAGGAGGAUAUCUGCAUGGCUGGAGAGUUUCAACCCGUCCUGCAAUCCGGAGCCUGCUAAAGAGAAAGGAAGAGGAGAGCAGGGGAGCUGAGAGAGCCAGCUGGUUGCAGUCUAGGAGGCUUGAAAGCAAGAAGAGGGAGAAGAAGAGGGCGCAUGUGACAGAGGGCAUGUGUGUUGUGUAUGAGAGGGAUAAUGUGCAGUGAAUGGACAGACGCAAAAAGCAUAAAAAAGGAGGGGGAAAGAUAUUAGAAAAAAUGACAUGAAAUGAAAAAAGUGUUCAUGCAUUGUUCGUUCAAGGAAAAUGUUACUGUUGCAUUGCUGUGUUGAGUGAAUGUGAAAGCGAAAAUAAAAAAAUAUUUU